CGUACUCGCGUCUUUUUUGCUUUGUCCCGUCGAUAAUCUCGGCGAUCUCUGGUAAUUAUUUUAUGAGCCUUUGAGAAAUGUGAUUCAGUCUGUUUGAAUACUAAACAACUCGUGAAUUCCCGGUUUCAAAUUGUGUGUCAAGGUCUUUAUUGCCAGGUCCUGUAGCCUGAAGGCAAUACGUUUUGUGCAGUGACAUUGGAAGAUUUCAUUGCUUUUGAUGGAUGAUCCAAAUAGACUUAUGCAUCCUGUUCCAGGUGGUCAGGUUGGACUAAUGCAUCAGCCACCGUAUGGGUUACCCCCUGUCAAUGUCGGAGUCAAUGUUGGGGUUAACAUGGCUUCACUUGAUGGAGGGAACCAAGACUCUGAAAAUAUGACUGGACGGAAGCAGGAUAUUGGAGAAAUUCUGCAACAGAUCAUGAACAUCACAGACCAGAGUCUUGAUGAAGCCCAAGCACGCAAGCAUACCCUGAACUGUCAUCGCAUGAAACCUGCUUUAUUUUCUGUCUUGUGUGAAAUCAAAGAGAAAACUGUUUUGUCGCUACGCAACACGCAAGAAGAGGAGCCUCCAGAUCCGCAACUCAUGCGGUUGGAUAACAUGUUGAUUGCUGAAGGAGUAGCUGGUCCUGAAAAAGGAGGUGGGGCCGGUGCUGCUGCCAAUGCAUCAGCUGCAGCGUCUCAAAGCGGCUCAAUGUCGGAUUCGGCUAUUGAACACUCUGAUUAUAGGGCUAAGUUGGCACAAAUUCGUCAAAUUUACCAUCAAGAGCUUGAGAAAUAUGAGCAGGCCUGCAGCGAAUUCACCACCCAUGUUAUGAAUUUACUCCGAGAACAAUCCCGUACUCGUCCGAUUACACCCAAGGAGAUUGAGCGGAUGGUUCAAAUCAUUCAUCGCAAGUUCAGCUCCAUCCAAAUGCAGCUGAAGCAAAGCACUUGCGAGGCCGUUAUGAUUUUACGAUCUCGUUUCCUCGACGCCAGGAGGAAGCGGCGUAACUUCAGCAAACAAGCUUCUGAGAUCUUGAAUGAGUACUUCUACUCGCACCUAAGCAACCCCUACCCAAGUGAAGAAGCCAAAGAAGAGCUCGCUCGUAAAUGUGGGAUCACCGUUUCACAGGUUUCGAAUUGGUUCGGUAACAAACGAAUUCGUUACAAGAAAAACAUUGGAAAAGCCCAAGAGGAAGCCAACCUGUAUGCUGCUAAAAAGGCCGCGGGUAGUUCCUCGCCAUACAGUAUGGCUGGAACUCCCGGACCGAUGAUGUCUCCUCAACCUGGUGGUCCUGAACUCAGGGGUCCACAAGAUUCCUUAGGCCCGUACGGUGCUAUGGGACUCAACGGUGGUGACUUUCCUUCCUCCAUGGGCGGCCAAGGCUAUGGCGAUUCAUCGAUGGGUUAUGAUCCAAGUAUGCAUCAAGUGAAUUCACCCUGAGGGGUGGACGAGUGCCCCUUCUCCUCCUCCACCCUAUUUCUCGGCAAAUCAACUCUUAAUUUACUAACUUCAUCAGAUCUUGAUCAUACUGUGCGUUACAAGCUAUCUUCAGCUGUUCGAUUAACUCGUUCUAACCCAUCUCGUACUCCUUCUUUUGUCCCUUCCUCUCAGUGCAGCUUUGUUGUUUCGUCUUGAUAGAAAAUGUUUCUGUGGAUCACCUCGAUCGGUGCUUGUUUUUUCUCAUUUGUUUCAGAAACCUCUGUAGUUUUAAUCGCUUUUGCGUAUAGUUGAAACCGUCGAUGUAGUCGUUAUCGUUUUUAUUUGACAACUAGAAGUGAACCGAACAUCUCCGAUUACAAUCACGUACGCUCUCCCGUCACCGAAAAAACGAUCAUCAGUAUUCUCGAAAAUCCACAUCCCACGGACCCGAGUCCUAUUUCUAAAAAAACAAUAAAAACACAAGAAUUCCCAUCAAGUUUGCAUAUUAACUAAAAAAAAAAACUUUUCUUUUGAUAUGGUGGUGGAAUCGAAUGCAAUUUUUGGUAUUAGAAUAUUUUGCAGUUCCUCCUCUGUCCUAUAAAAAAAAAUGACUGGCGCUUUGAAGUGAAGCUCAAAAUAUUUCUUUCUCGUUGGUACGUUUUUAUAUUAUUUUCCACUAAUCCGUGUCUCCUUUUUAAACACUAUAUUCAUCUGUUCACCGCGCAAAUCCUUGCCAUGAAAUCAUGUACAACCAAUACAUCCAUUUCUAGGUGUCAA